GAGGAAUCGAUCCUUUCACUUUGUCCCAGUGCAGGCGCGGCGAGCCGAGCCCGGCUCUGUGCGUUGUGUGCCAGGGCCGCCUUUGUCUCCCCACAGCGGCAGCUGCACCACCGCCUCGGUCUCUGCCGUCCUCGCUCGCUGCCCCCCCCCCCCCGGCUACUGCGCUGGACACGUUCGCCAUGGCGAGGACCCCCCCCCUACUGCUGAUGCUGCUGCCGCUGCUGCUGCUGCUGCCCGGGCAGGCCGGGGCGGACCUGCCCGUGAACUGCUCCUUCGAGGACCUCGUGGGCACGUGGGAGAUGGAGGUCGGGCCGGUCAACUCCGGACCCCAAGUGGACUGCGAGCCGGCGGGCAAGGCCGUACAGGUGGUACGGCUGCACCUGCUCAAGAUGAACGUGGCGGCCGACGAGAAGGGAAACCAGGGAACGUUCACCAUCAUCUACAACCAGGGCUUCGAGGUGGUGCUCACCGGGUACAAGUGGUUCGCCUUCUUCAACUUCACUAAGGUGGGCACCGUCGUGACGAGCCUGUGCGCGGAGACGCGGGCCGGCUGGGUGCACGACGUGCUGGGCCGCAACUGGGCCUGCUUCAGGGGCCGCCGAGUGAAGCCGCCGUCGUGGAGAGGAGCGGAAGCGGCAGGAGGAGGAGAAGAGGGCGGCGUGGGCUCCCAGUGGAGCGUCCAGGAGGCUCCCAGCACGCGGCUGUACGAGCACAAUGCGGCCUUCAUGCAGCAGGUCAACGAGGCGCAGCACUCGUGGCGCGCCGUGCGCUACCCGCUCUACGACGGCCUGAGCCUGGGGGAGCUGACGCGUCGGGCCGGUGGGCGUGCGUCGCGCAUCCACGGGCGACCAAAGUCGUCUGUGGUGACGGAGGAGACGCGACGACUCGCAUCCACCCUGCCCACGUCCUGGGACUGGAGGAACGUUAACGGCAUCAACUACGUCUCUCCCAUCCGGAACCAGGGGUCGUGCGGCAGCUGCUACUCCUUCUCCUCCAUGGCCAUGCUGGAGGCUCGCAUCCGCAUCCUGACCAACGCGUCGCAGGCGCCCAUCCUGAGCACCCAGCAGAUCGUGUCGUGCAGCAACUUCUCCCAAGGCUGCGACGGCGGCUUCCCGUACCUGAUCGGCGGCAAGUACGCGCAGGACUUUGGGCUGGUGGAGGAGAGCUGCUACCCGUACACGGGGCGCGACGACGCCACGUGCCGGCCCCUGCGCGCCGACUGCUACCGCUUCUACGCGGCGCACUACGGCUACGUGGGCGGCUACUACGGCGCCUGCAACGAUGAGCUCAUGCGGCUGGAGCUGGUGACGCACGGGCCGAUCGUGGUCGGCCUGCAGGUGUACGACGACCUGCUGCACUACCGCGGCGGCGUGUACCACCACACGGGGCUGCGCGACUCCUUCAACCCGUUCGAGGAAACGAACCACGCGGUGGCGGUGGUGGGCUACGGCGUGGAGCCGGGCACGGGCGAGCGCUACUGGGUGGUGAAGAACAGCUGGGGGGAGGAAUGGGGGGAGCGGGGAUACUUCCGUAUUCGGCGCGGGAGCGACGAGUGCGGCAUCGAGAGCAUCGCCGUUUUCGCCAAGCCCAUCCCGCACGUGUGAGUGGGGUGGGGGGGGUGACGCGGGGGGGGGGGGGGUGACGCGGGGGGGGGGGUGACGGCGACGACACCUGCGCUUGCAUUGCGCCCGUUACGUAACGGGAUGUUGUGCGUGCAGUAUCAACGCCGAGGAAAAACCCCCGAUGGCAACUGAAAGUUGAAAGCAGCAGUGGCGUGCGGGUGGGCGCUCAUCUGACACACGCGGGCAUUGAUCGCAAUGCGCUUUCCCAAUUGGUGACCUCAAAUUAGAUCGCAGAGGUCACAUGACUACUACUCAAGCUUGUGUGCUGUCUCGAGCAACAUCGUCACUCUCCAACCCUCUGGCAUUGCUGUACAGAGUUGCCCAAAGGAAUGUGCGUUACUGGAUACCGUUUCCCCAAAAUUUUCACUGUCAUGGCCCUAUAGGCAAUUGUUUAAAUAUUAUUUUAGCAUAUCGUAAUUUUAACACGUUUACAUAUCAGAUAUUUCUAGAUAUCCAGCCAAAGCAUUUUCCAGGUGAGAGGCAUUUCAGGUCCUUAUAUUUCACACGGAGAUCACACAAUCUCUCUUUAGAGUUGAGCCUUUUCUUUUUUUCUGUGGCUUUAAAUGAGACGCGAUUUGUGAAUCAGAAUCGAGGGCUCCGAUGGUUGCAAGUCACCUGCCGGAUAUCUGUGUCAAUGUCUGUCAAGUGACGACUCAAAGCCAACGUAUGGUGAGCAGUGUGCAUGAGACCUAAAAUACACUGCAGACUCACCUGGUGGGUAAGGCAUGAGUGGGUUGAGGACUGGUUACAUAGGUUAGCAGUACGAGGCGAGGAUGAGGGGGGGGGGGAACAAGGGACCUUUUGGGCAGCUGGCUUGGCAAGGAAUCGUGCUUCACCCGGUGCCAGUGACAGCUCGUCACCACUGCUCUCCUGGCCUCUGUGGGUGGGACAAGCGGCGCCCGCAGCACUGGGUGAGGCAGGGCAGUGGUGAUGGCUGGACGCGAGGUCCAAUCCUCUAGUGAGGUUGUUGUCUGCGUCGUUUUAUCGUGAGAGGAAAUCAAAGCCUGCCAACAAACACCCCACAAAUGCUUGGCAUGCAAUAACGGCAACUCUUCAUCUCUCUGCGAGUCCCUGACCAGGCCUGCAUGAUGAUAUAUCCAGCCCCGAGAAUCUGGCUUGAUUUGCAUACGACAAACCUCCUGAGCUGGGCCUAUACAAGGAGUGUGGCUCGUCUGCCUAGAGGCCAGCCGAAGGGAUUUCAGCAAUAGUUCCGUGAUGCCCUCUUCUGCACCUCGUUGUUGGUUCUCCCUUCCUCGUUUGCAUGGCUAUGGCACCACCACCACCCCAGUGAGGGCAAUGGGGCGGGCGGAUUGUGAGGGCGCUACACUCCUGGGGCGGCGGGUGCUGUUUAAAGGGAAUCUAAGUUCAAGGGUAGUUUAAAUCCUGGUUAGUCUGAUCAUAGAUCAAUGUUCUGGGGUGGGGUGAAGGUUUGCGAAUGUUGAUUUGUUUUAAAAAUUUAAUCUGAAAUUUGUAACAUUGCAAUUUGGUUAUUGUUGUGACCUAAUGUGUUGGGCUCAGGGGAUUCCUUGGUUUCUUUUUGAGAAGUGCAAAAUAAUUUUCAAAUAAAGUACAGUGAGAAAA